AUGAAUCAAACUUCGCCCAUCCUAUCAGAACAAAUAUAUGGUUCCAGCAAAAAACUACAACUGAUCAAAGACACAAUGUCCAUUCAGUCACUUCUUGUUACUAAUGGUGACCAUGACAAUAAUGCAAAAGAGACCACCACCCACACCACCACCCACACCACACUUGUUACAUCACCCAAACGACGAUGGCCUGUCAACAACAACACCAAUGACGACAACGACAAAAACAAUGACAACAACAACAACAACCAUCACCAUCAUCAUGAAAACGAGUUGACAGGCAACGAUGUUGAACGAGCACCAAAAAUGCGGAAAACAACUAGCGUGCAACCAGGACAACGGGGACCACCACCAAUACCUUAUGGGCAGCCGAUGACCACCCUUACGUGUUUACAUGCAGCGGUUGCACAAAAGUCUUAUGGAUCCGAGAAGCGGUUCCUGUGUCCACCGCCUGUGGUUAGUGUAGCACACCCACGUCUUCCUGAAUCACACAUUUCGAUGGCCAUCAUAUCUGAAAAUGGUGAGCGACCAUUGGAGCAAAGGACACUAUUGGAUGAGCAUUUAAGUGGUAGCUUCAAGUAUUUGCAUGUCACUGGAACAGCCAAAGCCAAACAAUUCAGCCUUCGAGUAUCACUUUCGAGCUCUCACCAUCAUCAACCACAACCCUAUGCAACCUUUGUUUCGAAUCCUAUCUCCAUCAUCUCCAAGCCAUCGAAAAAGACAGCCAAAGCACGCAAUGUAUCAACAUGCAUUUUAGCCAACGCACCUGUGUCGCUGUUUAAUCGGAUCAAUUCACAAACAGUACGCACCAAAUAUCUAACAUCCGAUGGUAAACGUUUAUGUGCAAAGAAUGCAACAUGGUCAGCUUUCGAUAUCGUCCUUGUGAGACCACCUUAUGCACCAUGCCCCAUGCCAGUGACCUAUGGCGCCGAGAUCAUACUAAGAGACACCAGCACCGGUAUUCAAUCACCUCCCGUUAUUUUACGCAAAGUCGACAAGGGUCGCAUCACCCAAGCUUUUGGUCCUGUCAGCCAAAUGCAAAAAGUGGCUCUGCAGCUUGCAUCAUCCGUAGGCCAACAACAACCUUUGUACCUUUGUGCCAACAGCGCUCAGGAAUCUGAAACGGUUUCAACAUCAUCAUCAACAACAUCGUCAUCAUCAUCGCCAUUGUCAUGGAUCGAAUUCUUGCCUAGUCGCAUUGUACAACCCGAUAACAAAGUGGAACUUGCAUACGAAGAAGUGGAUGAUUCUUUGUUUUGGACGAUUGUCGGCAUCCACAAGUUUGAAUACAGUUUCUAUGACCCGCUUUCAACGUCGCUCAGCAGCAUCUCACCUUUCCCAGUCGUCUCCUCAGCACAAUACAACCCCACUUCACAUACCCUUGAUUUGUUUGGUCAACAUCUUGUUCAUCAUCAAGCAUCUCUUCUUGAUUGUUGGUUAGGCCCACAUGGACCAUUGCCAGCAAAAUUGGUUAAUUCACAAGCGGAGCAACCAGGAUCCGCACGUCAAAGUACCCAUAUUACCAUUGAUCUACCUACAACCCAAGAUUUGCUUCAAUACCAUUACAAAGAUCAAGUACCACGUCAACAGCAUUUGGCCAUGAUGACACGCGCUGAAGAUGGUGUGCAGCAUUUGGAAUUACCGCUCUUGCUGGUGCGACAAGACACUCAUGUCGUUUAUCAUUCUGGCAAGGCACUGACUUUGCACUCGGAUGCUCGACGAUGCUCUGUAAUGAUCACUAAUUGGUCGGUUUCAAAAUGA